AUGGCGGAAAAAGCUGCUAUCUUAUUCGUUAAACCUACAGAAGAAAUCUUGUUUAAAGCCUCUCCUUUUUACUGUGCUCAACCUAACCUUGGCAUUGUUAAAGCCAGAAGCUAUGUCGUUAUUGAAGUACAAGCAAGACCAUUCAAAUGUACUGCCAUGAAUUUUAAAGAUCACCUAUUUCUUGUUCAAGCGAUCGUCAUGAAAAAAGAUGACGGAGAUUUUAUACAAGCGUGGCAAAGUAUUGGAAAUCCUGCCGAAAUUAUGAACCAUAGAUUAAGCUGUAGAUUUGAAUUUACGCCCAUUGCUGAGAGUUAG